AUGAGUAAUACAAAAGACAAGGAGCUAUUUGAGAGCUACACCAAUGAAGUUUGCUAACUAAUGAGAUCAGAUAAGAAUGUCUAAAUGUCAAAAGCUAGAUACUUGCCUUUAUAUAAUUGGACAUAUCAAUUUAAGAAUGAUCAAGUAAUGGGAUUAAAGUAGAUUUUUGAAGAUUGGCUAUUAAAAUACUUGAACACCUAAUUGAUACCAGAAUUAUUAAACUCCUAAGACUUUAUCUCAACAUUUAUUUUUGAAUAGGCUCUUUUUAAAAGCUUAUUAAGAUAUUUAUCAAUUCUUUUCUUUAAUUAUGAUGCCGAGAGAGGGUCUCCUUAAUUAUAUAUAGUGGAAUUAGGUCUUUUAAACUUUGAUAAACUUGUGCUUUCCAACGACACACUUAAAUAGAGAUAUAAAGAAUCAUUUAUUAAUAGACUGAAUUAGAUAAGACUUAGUAAUAAUCAAAAUCAGAAAUAAUAACUACUAACAUUCCUUGAAAUUUUUGAUCUAAAUACUCUAGCUUAAAAUUAGAGAUUGGAAAUCACUAGUAUUGAUUAGCAAGUUAUAAUUUAAGUGAGACAAAAAACUCCAAAAAUGGUUAAUUUGCCUUCUCCUCAAAACGUUUGUGAUAAUUUUCUAUUUGAUGUAAUUUAAGAGGCAACCAAAAAAUUCUAUUCAGAAUUAUCCCAAACAUGGAUCGCCAGAGGAUCUAGUACAGAAUAUGUGAAGCAAGCGGCAAAUUAAAUAUUGAUAGAAGAAUCAUUAAGAGAGCAGCUUUACCAAAAAUUCUCCAGAUCAAAUGAUAUCAUGAAAGUAUUUAUUUGCGAGAUGCUUGAAUAAAAUGUGGAUUAAAUCAUCUAAAACCCUCAGGAUGGUUUGUAUCAACAAUUUCUUUAAUUGAGAAACAGUUCGGAUCUAUCACCAAUCCUAAAAUUGUAUUAAUUAUACAAGAACACACCAAAUUACAUUGAAAACUAAUUAAAGGAGUUUUAGAAAUUCGUCCAAAAUCAAGUCACUUAAAUGUUAACAGAAUCUGAAGAACCUGGUUAACCUGGUUAACAAUAAUAACUUCAAUAAAAAUAGGCACAAUAACAAUAAGCUAAUAGAAGUUUACAGAUACAUAUUGCAUAAAUUGAUAAUCUCUAAAAGACUUAUGAAUAUUGCUUAAGAUUAGUGUAAAAUUGUUUUGAAGGAUCCCAUAGAUUUAGAAAUAAUAUGGAAUUGGCAUUUAAGGAAAAACUAAAUUAAGCCGAUAGAUUUAUGGAUAAAUUAUCUAUUUAUAUUCACGUGUCUUUGAAAGACAAAUUAAAGGAAACUAAUAAUGAAGAGGAUAGAUAAAAAUUUGAAAAGUUCAACAAGAACAUUCUUGCCUUCAUCUAAUUUAUUAAUAGCAAAGGCAAAUUGUUUUAAAAGAUAACUGACAACCUCAAAAAUAGAAUUUUUAGAGGGGAAAUUAAGAAUUUUGGAUAUGAAGAAGAAUUUCUGAAAUCAUUAAGAAGAGAACAUCCUGAACAUUUACCAUCUGAUUUAUUAACAGUUUGGAAAGAUUAUAAAUACUAUAGGAAUCUAGAUAAUGAAAUAUAAACUCUAUUGUCUAAUAAAAAACUAUUGCAAAAUGCCUAAGCUCAAUUUACUAUAUUUACCAGAACUAAUUCAUUAAAGGAAUUUAAUACUUAAAAUAAAAAAGACAACUUUAUUCCUCCAAAAAUGAUCAAAGACGCUAUAUCCUAAAUGGAACUGUUUUAUUAAACAAAACAACAAACAGAAAAAAAGUAAUUAGUUUGGAAUUUCAGAAUAGGACAAACAUUGAUUAAUUAUAAGUUUGGACCAUCUGUCUAAUAAGUAGGAAAGAUCAUCGUCUCUAAUUUACAACUUUUCGUCAUUCUUUACUUGAAGUAAUUUGGAAGUAGAACCAAAUCAGAAUUAUUAAAUGACACAGGUAUUAACUAUGAUGAAGAAUUGACUUAAUAAAUGGAAAACCUUUUGGAUUUAAGAAUUAUUGUUGAGAAUGAAGGAAAGUUUUACCUUUAAACUGAUUAAACUAAAUUAAAAGUAUAGCUUGUUCCCAACAGGCCAAUUACUUUAGUACCAAAGAAGGUUGGAGAAAAUACUGAGGACUAAAUUAUGUUGAAAAAAGAAAGAGAUCUUAAAAUUUAAUCCAGCAUUGUAAGAUUGAUGAAGACAAACAAAGAAAUGUAUUAUCACUAAAUAUGUGCUGGAGUGCAAAAAGGAUUGCUUGGAUAUUAUGAUUUUUUUUCUUAGGAUAUCUUAGCUUAAAUUGAUGAAUUAAUCAAUUCAAAUUACAUUAAAAGAGACGAGAGAAUUAAUAAUAAGUUUCUAUACACACCUGUGUGAUAUGUAUAAUGAAACAUUAUAACAUUAUAAAGAUAUUAUUUAUCA